AUAAAUAACAUACAAAAAGGAAAAAAAAAAAAAAAAGAAAACAAAAAGCAGGUCGAGGCGAUGCGAAAGAAGAAAGAAGAAAGAAGAGUGGAGAAAGGGAAAGGGAAGUGGCGUACCUGAGACGGAGAAGGUAUCGACUACCGAGACUUGACAGAUGGGUUGCUGCCGGAGUGAGAGGGUUCCACAAGACUAAACUUACCACAAAAUCUCGUGAGUUCACCCAAUUACGGAGACAAAUGAGGCAGAGACAACAUGUUGCAAUUGCAGAAGAUAAAGAUAGAAUUGAAAAUCCUAAUCUUUCUGAAGAAGAGAAAAAGAGAAAACCAAGCUAUGAUCUCUUUUCAUCGUCAACAAAAACUUUGAUGUUUUGCUUGGCCGUGCGAAUGGCAAAUUCUUUGCUAGUGCAGACAUAUUUCAAUCCAGAUGAACAUUGGCAAGCCUUAGAAGUUGCACAUAGCAUUGCAUUUGGAUAUGGUCAUUUGACAUGGGAAUGGAAGAAGGGAAUUCGUAGCUACUUGCAUCCGAUGGUGUUUGCCUCCCUUUAUAAAGUUCUUGCUUUAUGUCAUCUUGAUACCCCGUGGUUCAUGUCAAGGGCUCCGCGACUGCUACAGUCCAUGUUUUGUGCAGUUGGUGAUUUAUACUUGUACAAGCUGUCUAAUGUCCUAUUUGAUGAUCAUGUUGCACAAUGGGCGCUUUUUUCACAGUUGGUGAACUGGUUUAUGUUUUUCUGUUUCACUCGUACAUUGUCAAAUAGUUUGGAGACUGUUCUUACCCUUGUGGGCAUAUACUAUUGGCCCUGUAUGAGAGUUUCUUCCAACAAAGCUCCCUUGUUUUCAAGAAAGUGGGGUGUGGCUAUAGCAGCAUUAGCUUGUGCAAUUCGACCAACAAGUGCGAUUAUAUGGAUGUAUGUUGGCCUUCUUGAGCUGUUUUUGGCACAUGAUAGACUGAAGUUCAUUUUCCUUGAGGUGGCUCCUAUUGGGGUCCUGGUGCUCGCACUUAUGUGUUUGGUGGAUCGUUUGAUGUACGGUUCAUGGAUCUUAGUACCUCUUAAUUUUCUAAAGUUCAAUUUUCUUUCCUCUGGUGGAGACUAUUAUGGCACUCAUAAGUGGCACUGGUACUUCACUCAGGGAUUUCCAGUCAUGCUGUUCACUUUUUUACCAUUUUCCAUAGCUGGCAUGGUCCUGUCUAAACAAUGGAAGCCUUCUGGCCUUAUUGCAUGGGUUUUAGGGCUUUACAGUGUGCUAGGUCACAAAGAAUUCAGGUUUGUCCUGCCUGUGCUUCCACUAGCUUUGAUGUUCUCUGGAUAUUCAAUAGCUGCAAUGAAAACAGCUGAUUCUUCAAACAGUAAAAGGAAAGGAUCUUCCAACAGUCAUGUCAAAUGCCCUUCAAAAGUGCGAUUGGCCAUCUUUUUCUUGCUUUCUACAAACAUUCCAAUGGCUUUGUAUAUGAGCUUGUUUCAUCAGAGAGGAACUGAGGAUGUAAUGAAUUAUCUAUCCAAAGAGGCUUCCAACAAUAAAGUGAAAAGUAUCCUUUUUCUAAUGCCCUGCCAUGCCACACCUUACUACUCCGCCUUGCAUCAUGACCUGCCCAUGCGUUUCUUAGAUUGCUCACCAAGUGAAGAGAAAGGAACCCUGGAUGAGUCAGACCGUUUCAUGAUGGAUCCAGCUAGUUUUGCAUCAGAAUUUGCAAUAAAUUGGUCUCUACCUAGUCACAUUGUAAUGUUUGAUUCAGAAGAAAGAUCACUAAGGGAAUUUCUAGUUUCACAUUCUUUCAAAGAGAUAAGAAGGUUUUUUCAUGCUCACUUAAAGGUGGACCGUGAUCUUCAAGCAUCAGUUGUUGUAUAUGCUUUUACAGGCCAGUGACACAUGUUUCCAAUGCUAACAAUUGCCAUUUUUGUAAUCUGACUAUUCAAUUGUAUUUUGACAAAUUUUAUUUUCCUUCAGAGACUUAUUAAUUUAUUGUUCUUAAAUUAAUUCUUAGUAGUUUGAUGUCUGAAGGAAUUAUUUAAUUGAUAGCAGUAUAACACUUACAGCAAGAUUCUAGCAUGUAAUAAUAAAUUGCUUCUCUAUUAUUCUGAGAUGAA